CAUGGCGGAUUGGAGCAAAACAGCAAAUGAUACUCAUUGGAGUUAUAGCACGUUUGAAGUUUAUUGUGUAAUCUUUACUUAGUCAACAUACAGUGGAUUUAAUUCGGCGUCAAGAUGCAGUUGUUGAGGUCCAGCUGUUUAGCGUGGGCUGCGUCGAGGACCCAAAGCUUCACCCUUCUACGUCGACCACACAGUGUAAAGGUGUAUACUUGCUUCUGUUUCCAUUCGUCGAGCCUUUCUCAGACAGCAGUGGAUUUAGAGGAAAUGCCAGUGAUUCGCGUCCCUAAAUACCUGCGAAAACGAGUUGAAAGCGCCAAAGAAAUUGGUGCCAAAAGCAACAUUUAUAACGUCAAAGCUGGUCGGCUACUUAUACAGAGUAAAAACCAGAAUCUGAACCAAUCUGCAGCAUACAACUUUGGGAAAUUUGAAAAACCCGUGCUAUGUUCAAAAGGAUGGAAGCACAAUAAAUCCUACGGGGACUAUUUUACUAUCAACAAAACCAGGUCAGUGGCACCGUAUGUUGUUAAACCUCAGAAUGAGGGUGAAGAAAAUAAAACUCUCAUUAAAUUCAAUAAUCUUCGCAUAUGCAAGCCUCUUAUAGAUGUCCUAGAACGGUUGAACAUCACCUGCCCCACCAAAGUUCAACUGCAGUCCAUCCCAAAGGUCAUGAAAGGUCACAAUAUUCUCUGUGCUGCAGAAACGGGAAGUGGCAAAACACUAAGUUAUCUUCUGCCUGUUAUUCACAAACUACAAGCUCAAAAGGCAUCAGAAACCGACAUUGAGGAAAGCAAGAUUCACACCUUAAUUUUGGUCCCGUCAAGAGAACUGGCAGAGCAAGUGGCUGCUGUUUCCAGGAUGUUGUGUCAGCCAUUUAGGAUUGUGACCAAGACUGUGGGAGGUGGUCGGGGUGUGGGACACAUUAAGAUGCUGUUCAAGAGACAAGUUCCAGAUAUUUUAGUGGCUACACCUGGGGCUCUAGUAAAGGCUUUACGGAGACGCUGCCUUGACUUAAGUGAGCUGAGUUUCUUUAUCGUUGAUGAGGCAGAUACAAUGUUUGACCCUAGCUUCUCUGACAUGUUGGAAAACAUCCUGAAAAGUGCAAACAUCUCAAGUGAUCCAAGUCAGACUCAUGGCCCAGGACACAAGGCCCAGUUGCUUGUGAUAGGAGCCACUUUUCCUGGUGGUGUUGAAGAAGUUCUUAGUCAGGUGACCGAUCUUGGUAAAAUGAAAAUCAUAAAAAGCAAUAUGCUUCAUUUUCUCAUGCCUCAUGUUAAACAGACUUUUAUUAAAGUUAAAGGUGCUGAAAAGAUUUUGGAGCUCCACCAGGCCUUGAAAACACAUGAAAAUGAUAACUCUGGUGUGUUGGUUUUCUGCAAUAAAUCAGCCACAGUGAACUGGCUGGGUUACUCAUUGGAGGAGAUGGGAGUCAGACAUGCACGUCUGCAGGGGGAGAUGGCGGCUGCUGUGCGCUCAGGAAUCUUUCAUCAGUUCCAAAAGGGAACAAUAAGUGUCUUGAUUUGCACAGACAUUGCCUCCCGGGGUUUGGACACAUCCAGAGUUCAACUAGUUGUCAACUAUGACUUUCCUUACAACCUGACUGACUACAUCCACAGAGCAGGGAGAGUAGGGAGGGCUGGGGGUAAAGAAGAUGGGGAAGUGUUAAGUUUUGUCACUCAUCCUUGGGAUGUUGAGCUUGUGCAUAAAAUUGAGGCUGCUGCUCGUAAAAGAACACCAUUACCGGGCAUGUAAAAAAAUCUGC